AUGGCAGCUAUUGUUCGUCAGAGCAAAUUCCGUCAUGUCUACUGCAAACCGGUGAAGCACGAACAGUGCAUGUCGGACAUUCGAGUCACUGAGAUCACUUGGGACUCACUGUUUUGCGCGGUGAAUCCAAAAUUCGUCGCGUUUAUCACAAAAGGAGCAGGAGGUCCGUUUAUGGUGAUCCCGGUUAAUAAGGUCGGUCGAAUCGACAAGGACUAUCCUUUCGUGGACGCACAUAAGGGUGCUUGUCUGGAAGUGGCAUGGAGUCCGUUCAACGACAACGUCAUCGCUUCGUGUUCUGAGGAUACAACGUGCAAGGUAUGGCUGAUUCCUGAACACGGUCUGUUGCGAAACCUCACCGAACCAGUUGUCGAACUUAGUGGUGAGAAUAAACUCCUUCUGUGGAAUGUGGGAACAGGUGAAGCUCUGCUCGAAGUCGCUGGCCAUCCUGACCAAAUUUGGAGCAUUGGAUUCAACUACGACGGAUCACAGUUCGUGACCACUUGCAAGGAUAAAAAAAUCCGAAUUUUGGACACUCGUAGUGGUGAAGUAGUACACGAGGGUAUAGGUCACGAAGGAGUCAAGCCACAGCGUGCCAUUUUCAUAAACGAUGGUAGGAUUAUCACCACUGGAUUUACGAAGCGAUCUGAGCGACUGUAUGCACUCAGAGCACCGGAUAACCUUUCCCAACCAAUUAUUGAAGAAGAGCUGGAUACCUCGAAUGGAGUGCUUUUUCCACUUUACGACGAGGAUACUAGCUUGGUAUACCUUUGUGGAAAAGUUAGUUCUCGUUUAAGUGUCGUUCCUGAUUAUUUUGUCUACCGAAUUAUUAAAACAACUGCUUCGGUUGGACCUAUUCGCGACAUUUCAUUUCACUGA